AUCAACAAUACAAGAAACAAUUGAUCCUAUAUUAAUUGAAAGUGAUUUCCAAUUGAAUAAAAAUACAGAUAUGUUAAAGAGAACAAAACAAAUUGUUCCUUUUAUUAAUACUAAUGAUGAUAAUGAUAAUGAAAUAGGAAAAGUAAAUAAGAUAAAAAAAAAGAAAAAAAAAAUGUAUGAAAAUAAUGUUCAAAUGGAACAUCAAAUAUUUGAAAACAUUCUUGAAACAAAACCAGACAAUCUUGAUAAAAAUAUACAUAAUGAAGUAAAAAAGAAAAAGAAGAAAGAAAAAAUAAUUGAAGAAGUUUCAAAUUUGAUAAAUACAAAUGAAAAAACUAACAUAGUAAAGAAAAAAAAGAAAGCUUCAGAUGUUUUUUCAAUAUGUGAUGACAUGUCAAAUGAGCAAUCACGUAAAAAAAAGAAGAAAAAAGAAACAUGUAAUAUUGAUGUACAAAUAAAAGAGAAGAUAUUUGAAAAUAUUCGAUCGGAAAAUUAUGAUGAAAAAAUAUAUAAUGAAACAAAAAAGAAAAAGAAAAAAGAAAAUACAAUUGAAAAUAUUUCAAAUUUAACAAAUGAGGAGACUAACAUAACGAAAAAGAAAAAAAAGGUUUUAGAUAUUCUAUUAAAUAAUAAUAUUUCAAAUGAGCAAUUAUCUAAAAAAAAUAAGAAAAAGAAAGCAUAUGAUACUGAUGUACAAUUAAAACAAAUAUUUGGAAACACUAUUGAAACAAAAGCAGAAUGUUUAGAUGGAAAAAUACAUUCUGAAGAAAAAGAAAAAAGAAAAAAGAAAAGAGAAAACACAAAUGAAAAUGUUUUAAAUCCAUCAGAUACAAAUAAAAAUACUAAAAUAGUAAAGAAGAAAAAAAUAUCAGAUAUUUUACCGAAUAAUACUUUAAAUGAGCAAUUAUCUAAAAAAAAGAAGAAACAGAAAACAUAUGAUAUUGAUGUACAAAUGAGAAAGCCAAUAUUAGAAAAUGUUAUCGAAACAAUAUCAAAAAGUCAUGAUGAAAAAAUAUAUAAUAAACUGAAAAAGAAAAAAAAAAUAGAAAGCGCAAUUCACGAUAUUUCAAAUAUUACAGAUAUAAAAGGAAUGACUAAAAUAAAACAGAAAAAAUUCUCAGAUAUAUUGAAUAAUGUUUCAAAUGAGCAAUUAAUUAAGGAAAAAAAAAGAAAACAGAAAUUAUUAAAAGAUAUUACUUCUCAAGAUAAAAAAGAAAUUUUAGAGAAAAUACCACAGAAAAAACAAAGAUUAUUAGAAAAUGCUUUAACAUAUAACAUGAUACAAAAAAGAAAAUAUUUAGAAACUCAUGAAUCUAAUGCUAAUAAAAAAAGAAAAAUACUUGUAGAACAAGAUUUUAGUUUACCAAGUAAUUCUGGAAGUACGACUUAUUUUGAUGUCGUCGAUAUUCAAAAAAUUAAAAAGAAAAAAAAAGUUUCAUUUCGAAAUAAAAUUUUAGGUAGAAAUUUUCGAUAACUUGGUUAUUUACUGAAGUAUUUAAAAAAACAAAAGACUAAAGUUUUUUGUUAAUUACAUAUUUCAUUAAAUUUCAUUGCAUGGAUUCAUAAAAUAAUAUAAUUUUUUUUUAUAAAUUUUAAAAUAUUAUCUUUUAAAUUAGAAUAAUUAAAAAAAUAAUUUGUUUUUAUUACUUAUAAAAAUGAUAAAAAUAUAUAACAUAUCAUGUGUUAAUUUCAUAAUUAAUGUAAUUGUUUACCUUUCUAAAAUCA